AUGGCCAGGCCAGCAAACGCAGCGGUCAGAGAGAGCAGGCGUGGCUCAACAUCUCACGACAUCGAGCGCAUUAACGUUCUUAAGGCGUUGACAGCUGCCGAACACUCGAGACGGCAAUUUAUCUUGAACUUUGCUGCUAGCAGAGACACGCAACUUUCUAUUCCUGGGAAGAAGUCCGACAUUAUCAAAGCGGCUGAGGAGUGGGUUGCGCUCUGGCUCAGCCAGAACGGCUUCCACGUUGUCAACAACGAGUUUUUCAAAUACACAGUCGAUGCCCGAUUAUGGUCGGCUCAUGUCGGAGACGAUCUUGAUUUCCCGUUCGCUUUUAUGCGAGAACGAUUUGAGCCAUCUCUGAGCGACGUUUCGGAAGGCGAGUUGAAACGCCCAUUGAGCGAUGCGUCCGUCGAAGCCCAAGAGAUUGAAGUUGCAGUUGCGACUCCCACAAAAGCUCACACCCCGAAGAAGCAACAGGCACGACAACAAGCGCCAGGUCCCUCCACACCGCCAAAGCGUCGGCAAACCGCAACAGUUUCCAUGACACAGGCAAAGCCUAAUGUUCCUGAUCGGAAGCGGAGCAUGUCACUCAUGAGUUUUGACGAUUUGAAAGCUUCCCCGAAGGCGACUCAGCAGAAGUUUCCAUUGCUCGUGCGUCUGGGCCGCUCUUGGUCGCGGCGAAUGUCCUCCACGUCCUGA